CAAGCGAAAGCUACCAAAAGAAAAUACCAGGCAUCCAGUGAGGCUCCCCCGGCCAAACGGAGGAGCGAAACAUCAUUUCUCCCUGCCAGGAAAACCCGUGUUAACGAAACUCAAAGGACUUUUAAGGGAAAGGCACAAAAAACAUUUUCUCCGAAAUACUCAGCCAGCACAAGUGAUGGGAACCAAGAGGAGAAGCCAUGCAUUAAGACUUCUUCGUUGUUUAAAAACAAUCCUGAGAUUCCCGAUCUCCACAGACCUGUAGUAAAGCAGGUGCGAGAAAAAGUGUUCACUUCCGAUGCUUUUCAUGAGCUGGGCCUGCACCCACAUUUGAUUUCUACAAUAAAUACAGUCUUAAAAAUGUCUACUAUGACUAGUGUUCAGAAGCAAAGUAUUCCUGCAUUGCUGGAAGGCAGAGACGCUCUCGUGAAAUCCCAGACAGGCUCGGGUAAAACUCUUGCCUAUUGCAUCCCUGUGGUCCAGUCUCUUCAAGCAAUGAAAUCAAAAAUACAGCGCAGUGACGGCCCCUAUGCCCUGAUUCUUGUGCCCACCAGAGAGCUGGCCCUACAAAGCUUUGACACCAUCCGGAAACUGCUUAAGCCGUUUACCUGGAUUGUGCCUGGAGUGUUGAUGGGAGGAGAGAAGAGAAAAUCUGAAAAAGCCAGACUCCGCAAAGGAAUAAAUAUUCUGAUCUCAACUCCCGGACGCCUGGUAGAUCAUAUAAAAUCCACAAAGAACAUUCAUUUUAGUCGGAUACAGUGGCUGGUUCUGGAUGAAGCAGAUAGAAUCUUGGAUUUGGGUUUUGAAAAAGAUAUCACCCUUAUACUCAAUGCUGUCAAUGCCGAAUGCCAGAAGCGGCAGAAUGUCCUGCUGUCAGCGACCCUCACUAGAGGGGUCGCACGGCUAGCCGAUAUCAGUUUGCAUGACCCAGUCAGUAUUUCUGCCCUGGACAAAAGUCUCCAGCCAUCUAGCCCCGAGGCCAGAAUGGUCCGGGGUGUCUCUCCAGAGAUUCCUGGUGAACUGGACAGCUUCGCGAUACCCGAGAGUCUGCACCAGCAUGUGACCUUGGUUCCCAGCAAGCUGAGGCUUGUCUCCCUAGCAGCCUUUAUCCUUCAGAAAUGCAAGUUUGAAAAAGAACAAAAGAUGAUUGUCUUUUUCUCAAGUUGCGAGCUGGUGGAGUUCCACUACAACCUCUUCCUCCAGACCCUGCUGAGCAGCUCGGGAGCCCCAGCACCAGGGCAGUUGCCAUCUGUCUCUACGCAAUUAAAAUUCCUACGGCUGCAUGGCAACAUGGAGCAGGAGGAAAGAACAGCAGUGUUCCAAGAAUUCUCACGUUCCGAAACAGGCACGCUCUUCUGCACGGAUGUUGCAGCUCGGGGCUUAGAUCUCCCUCAAGUCACGUGGAUCGUUCAGUACAACGCUCCAUCUUCACCCGCAGAGUACAUCCACAGGAUUGGAAGAACCGCCCGGAUUGGCUGCCAUGGGAGCAGCCUGCUCAUCUUGGCUCCUUCGGAGGCAGAAUAUGUCAACUCGUUGGCUUCUCACAAAAUCAAUCAUUCUGAGAUUAAGAUGGAAGAUAUUCUGUCUGUUCUGAUGAAGGAUGAUUGCUUUAAAGGGAGACAAUGGGGAAACCAGAAAUCCCAUGCUGUUGGCCCCCAGGAAAUUCGCCGGCGAGCCACGGUCUUGCAGACGAUGUUCGAAGAUUAUGUACACUCCAGUGAGAGCAGGGUCUCCUGGGCAAAGAAAGCUCUGCAGUCCUUCAUCCGUGCCUACGCCACCUACCCCAGGGAGCUGAAGCACAUCUUCCACACCCGCUCCCUCCACCUCGGGCAUGUGGCUAAGAGCUUUGGGCUACGAGAUGCCCCCAGAAAUCUCAGUGCCGUGGCUGUGAAGAAGAGGAAAGUAACCCUGAAAAGGCCUGACCUUCAUACGAAGACCCCGAGUCAGCGCCGCCUUGCUGAGAUCUUGCGUUCGGAAUACUCCAGUGGGAUGGAGGCCGGCGUCGCCAAGGUCAAGAAGCAAAACAAACAGGAACGCCGGGCAGCCCAUCCCCGCGGGCCAUCCGCCGCCAGUGCGCAGCCCUGGCCAGCCGUGGGAGAAGCUGCAGGACACACGCCGUGAGAUGGCCGAGUCCCGAGAGGCCGCCCGGCAGCCAGCUUUCCAGGAAGCGUUUCAAAUCUCUCCCCACGGGACCGGGUCUCAGAAUGAGUCCUGCAGGUCCUGGUGGCACAGGCUUGAUGUCCUUUUCUUGUGAAAAAUAGACAACCUUGCGAAGUCUCCAAGAUUUAGAAGCCACCAUCCAGUGGAACCCUGUUUGCAGGAGUCGGAGGUGUGGGUCUGCCUGGGACCAGCCACCAGACCCUGGCCUGCACACCUGCACUCAGGGCCGCUGUCCAUCAGUGCCGACACUGGCCCACACCCAGGGGCCGUGUGUCCUAGAGAUGUGUCGCUUCAGCCUGGGAGGGGUUUAAUUCCUGCCGGGCGGCAUCCUGGCAUCUGCCAGACGUUUCCCAGCUCCCCUUCGGCCCAGCGACACGUGUGUCAGCGUGGACUCUGAAGUAGGACGUUAAGAACUGGAAUUGAAUUUGUACAAAAAGAAAACUUUUCACCAUGUAA